AUGGCGAACCAUCUAACUUCGACAUCGGUUGAAGAGCUUUCAAGUAAUGGAACUGCCUCUAAAUUCUCAAUUUGGUGGUUUUGCCAUAGGAUGGAACUUCCAGGGGAGUUCCUUGCCAUGACACUGCUCGAGAUUUUGGGCUCAACAGAACUGCAACAUAGAAUGCCAUGUGAGAAAUGUCCAUACUCGAUAACUUCCAUCAGCAACGGCAGGUUGCUCAUCAGUGCUGCUGGGGCUGGGGAGUCCAGAAUUGUCAAACUUCUCCUUGAUAUGAAACCCAUUGAAGAGAAUUUGGGGUAUCUAGAUUCGGCGUUUCGACGUGCGCGCAGCAAGCCGACAGGAUUGUUUCCGUACGGGAAUAUCAUAGCGGGUGGUGAGAAUGCGACUGUGUUAAGAGAACUGCUCGAAGUAGGGGCCAACGUCAAUCGUGUCGAUUCGUCAGGCAAUGUAGCAAUACAUAUCGCUGCACCUCCUGGUCACCCCGAUAUUGUCACCGUUCUCACCGAACGGCAAGGUGCGCAUCUAGAUCGUCCUAACAGGAAAGGAGAGAAUCCUCUCUUACUAGCUUCCAUUCACGGUCACACGGCUGUUGUCGCACCUUUACUGGAUCUUUCUGGUUCUGAUUCUCACCGCGGGGACGAAGGGGGUAGAACUCCGCUAUCGUGGGCAGCUACGAGACGUAAUAAGGCACUUUUUGACCUAAUGUAUCGGGAUCGAAAUAUAAAUAUGAACAAGGACGAUUGUCUUGGACGGACGCCACUGAUAUGGGCAAGACUUCAAAGGUACUCUCAAACUGCAAGGUCAUUGCUCGAUGACCCAAGAGUCCUCGAACUUGACCCAGAAUCGACUCCGGCACUUUCAACCGCAGGCAUACAACUUCCCGACGAAUAUAUCUGGGACAAGCCCAUGACAACUCUAGCUUGCACUAAGGUUACGGGGCAAGGGGACGCCAGUACUUCUUUUCCAUCAAAUGGGAUAAUUGGUCUUUCCUUGCUAGUUGCAUAG